GGCAUAAAGCUGGAACCGGCCACCGAGGCUGGGGCAAUCCAGACAUUUCACACUCCUUCCCUUGUCGCAUCCCCUUCCUCUUCUUCUCUCUUCUAUUUCCUUCCUUGGCCCGGCAACUUCCACAAGUGCUCUCAUAAAACUCAACUCCCCUCCAUAGCAAAGCAUCCAAUGCUCGCCUUCCCCUCCCCGCCCCUGCCCUAAUGGCGCCCCGCUAAUCACUCCGGCGACCUCCAAACCCGCCCCAUCCUUCUUCUAACCCCGGCCCUGCUUUAGAGGAGCGGAAGCGACUGCGGAGGGGGCGAGAUGGACAUCGCGUCGUUCGUGACGUCGCUGCUGACGUCGUUCGUCAUCUUCGUGGUGCUGGUGCUGGUGUUCGCGUGGCUGUCGCGGCGGCCCGGGAACGCGCCCGUGUACUACCCGAGCGUGCUGCUGCGGGGGCUCGACCCCUGGGAGGGCCGCGGGAAGGGCACGCGCAGCCCCGUGGGAUGGGUCCGCCAGGCCUUCUCCGCGCCCGAGGCCGACGUCAUCGCCGCCGGCGGGGUCGACGCCGCCGUCUACCUCGUCUUCCUCUCCUCCGUGCUGGCAAUCCUCGUGCUCUCCGGAAUCGUGUUGCUUCCAGUCCUGUUACCUCUUGCCGCCACUGAUCAUGCCCUGGAGGAUCCCUCUGGUUCCAGAAAUGGCUCGACAUCACAGAACUUCACUGUGAUUGAAAGAUUGGCAUUGGGCAAUGUUCAAAAAAAAAGUAUGAGGCUGUGGGCGUUUAUAUUAUCAGUCUACUGGGUCUCUUUUGUCACCUAUUUCGUACUAUGGAAAUCCUACAAGCAUGUUUCAAAUCUGAGAGCUGCUGCAAGAUCAUCAUCAGAUGUUAAACCAGAGGAGUUUGCCGUGUUGGUGAGAGAUAUCCCUGUACCGCCUCCUGAUCAGACUAUAAAGGACUCUGUGGAUUCAUAUUUCCGAGCACUUCAUCCUGACACAUUCUACAAAUCAAUGGUUGUGACAGACAACAAAGAGGCUGAUAAAAUUUUCCAAGAGAUUGAAGGUCACAAACAGAAAAUUGCUCAUGCUGAAGCUGUCUAUGCGGAGUCAAAAAAAGCAAACAAACCUGAGGGCAGCAAGCCUACUCAUAGGACUGGAUUCCUUGGCCUUAUUGGUAAAAAGGUUGACACAAUUGAGUAUUGUAAUGAGAAGAUCAAGGAGUUGCUGCCCAAACUGGAGGACGAACAGAAGAAUACCCUUCAAGAGAAACAGCAACGGGCUGCCAUUAUCUUCUUCAACAGCAGAGCUGCAGCAACCUCUGCAUCUCAGACUCUGCAUGCUCAGUUGUUUGAUAAAUGGACAGUUACUGAAGCUCCUGAACCACGUGAGAUAAUAUGGCCCAAUCUUCCGAGGAAAAUAUAUGACAGGCAAAUCAGACAGUCUGUCGUCUAUUUCAUUGUCUUCCUCACAGUGUUCUUCUAUACUAUUCCUAUUACUGCUAUCUCUGCCGUUACAACGCUAGAAAAACUGAGGGAGAAGCUGCCCUUUCUGAAGGUGGUGGUGGAUCAACCAGCAAUUAAGACAGUCUUACAGGCCUAUCUGCCACAGCUUGCACUUAUUGUUUUCCUCGCUUUGCUGCCUGCUCUUCUUUUGUUUCUCUCAAAGUCAGAGGGGAUCCCUUCACAGAGCCACGUAGUCAGGGCAGCAUCAGGAAAAUAUUUCUACUUCAUUAUCUUCAAUGUCUUCAUUGGCUUUACAAUUAGUUCCUCACUGUUCAGCGCUUUGAAAACUAUUAUCAAUAACCCUCCUGGGAUUAUUAGCAUGCUUGCCAACAGCCUUCCUGGAAGUGCAACUUUCUUCCUCACAUUUGUUGCAUUGAAAUUCUUUGUUGGUUAUGGGCUUGAGCUUUCUCGCUUGGUCCCUCUCAUCAUUUUCCACCUGAAAAAGAAGUACCUUUGCAAGACAGAGGAUGAGGUGAGAGCAGCAUGGGCUCCAGGAGACCUGGGGUAUAACACCAGGGUUCCGAACGAUAUGCUGGUUGUGACAAUUGUGCUGUGCUACUCCGUUAUUGCACCUUUGAUCAUUCCAUUCGGUGUUGCUUACUUUGCUCUGGGAUGGCUUAUAGCAAAAAAUCAGGUUUUAAGAGUUUAUGUUCCUAGUUACGAGAGCAAUGGGCGGAUGUGGCCACACAUGCAUACGAGGGUCAUUGCAGCUCUAAUGAUUUACCAGGCUACCAUGAUUGGUGUCAUCAUUCUUAAAUUGUUCUACUAUUCUACCAUCCUUUUCCCACUCCUCGCAAUAAGCUUAAUCUUCGCCUACACUUGCCAUACACGCUUCUACCCUGCAUUUGCCAAAACACCUCUUGAGGUGGCAUGCCAGGGGCUGAAAGAGACACCGAACAUGGGCGCCAUCUACACCGCAUACAUCCCUCCUUGCCUGAAGCCCGAGAAGCUCGAAGAUGUGGACAUCUUCGAGGAUGCUCAGUCACGCACCACCUCCAGAGCCCCGUCCUUUUAAAGAUUUUGUGAUGAAUUUCCACGCGUGACAAUCGGUCCGUCUUCCAUGUCGAUCCUCCCCCCUGUGAAGCUGUUGUUUCCAGGAUAGGAAACUGAUGUCAUCUGCCUCUGUACAUACCCACGCUGUCGCCAGAUAUUUUAGGUAGUUGGUGUGGAUAUUAUUGGGCUUUUACGUUCGUCUUCACUGUUAGUAUUAAAUUUGGCGUGUGGGUGUGGUUGUGGUGAGUGGACUAUCUGCCUUUUAGCUGUGCAAACCCUGUGUGGUGACUCCUCGAUGUCUUUUAACUCUGUUUAACAUAUAUUUAGCCUGGUGGUGCUAUUAUUUGUUACUGAAAUGUGUACGCUCGAUCA